AUGGCUGAAUCCGCUUCAGCAGCAAACCAGCCUUGCCAUACCCGCUCCAUCAGCUUGCCCUCGAGAUCUCACCCUGCUGCACUCAGGGCAGAAGAAGAGCUGCACAAGUUAAGAUCUUCUAUGGCUUCACCCUCUUCGACGCCGGAGAAGAUGUGCGACGGGUUGAGGAGGCUCGAAGGCGUGUACGAGUCCGUCAACCAGCAGAUCCUCAUCCAUCCACUGCAAAGGAGAUGGGCGGAAGAAGAAACGGAUGGGUGUAUCAGAUUGUUGGACGUGUGCAGCGCAGUGAAGGAUCGCUUGACUGCCAUGAGAGAGCACAUCCGAGAUCUUCAGCUGGCUCUUAGAAAGAACGACGAGGCAGCGAUCGUGCGGGAGGAAGGCGGAGCAGGAGUUGUGGAAUUGCUUCAGGGUAUUGAAGCGCACGGAGGACAAACGGAUGGAUGA